GCGCACAGAGCAGUAGAACUGACAUCGCGGAGCAGUACUGCAAUAUCCAUCGAUUCGGGACCGAAGAUUAUCCAUCUGCAUUCUCGCAAGACUGGUGCCACCUGUACAUAUUAAUCCAUAACAACUGUGUCAUUAAAGCAAUCAUGUCCAUUGGAAGUGACUUUGGGAACCCUUUACGGAAAUUCAAACUUGUUUUUUUAGGGGAGCAAAGCGUUGGGAAAACAUCGCUGAUAACAAGGUUCAUGUAUGACAGUUUUGACAACACUUAUCAGGCAACAAUUGGAAUUGACUUUUUAUCAAAAACCAUGUAUCUGGAGGACCGAACUGUGAGGUUACAGCUAUGGGACACCGCAGGGCAGGAGCGUUUUAGGAGUCUUAUCCCAAGCUACAUUAGAGACUCCACAGUGGCUGUGGUGGUGUAUGAUAUUACAAAUGUCAAUUCGUUCCAGCUUACCUCCAAAUGGAUUGAUGAUGUCAGAACAGAGAGAGGAAGUGAUGUCAUUAUCAUGCUGGUGGGCAAUAAAACAGAUCUAGAGGAAAAGAGGCAAAUCACUAUAGAGGAGGGCGAGCAGCGGGCCAAAGAGCUGAAUGUGAUGUUUAUAGAGACUAGUGCAAAGACUGGCAGUAACGUUAAACAGUUGUUUCGGAGAGUGGCUGCAGCUUUGCCCGGAAUGGAAAGCUUAGAUGAUAACAACAAAGAAGGAAUGAUCGACAUUAAGCUGGACAAACAGCCAGAACCUCCGGCCACUGAAAGUGGGUGCUCCUGUUAGUAGAAAUCGGUUCGGACCUUCAUUAUCACCACAUGCUUGUUCUGUUGCUUCUAUGGGUCCACGUCCAGUUGAACUUUAUGAUCGGAUAUAGGCUUUUUACAUCUGAAUGGGUCUAAAAUUAUAUUCCUUAAUCUACACUGUCUGUUUAAUUGCCAAAAUAAUAUCAUAGGUAAUUCAAAGUGACUAGCUAACAGAUUCAUGUAAGACAGGAAGUGGCAUGUGUACCAUCUUCGGACAAAAACAUUCAGAGUGGAUUAUCGGUUGUUAUGUUUUGUAUUUUUGUACAUUACAAAAAAGCACUAAAUGAUGCCUUCACAAAGAAUGAGUUUAAGACGGGCGACAGAGUAACUGUCUUUCGUCCAUAGCAUGCAUGUAAGACAACUUUUAGAAUCUGUCAUGUCCUUUGGUCCAUACACAUCGAUAGUAACGAAACGAAGAACUCAGAAUUAAUGAAAAAAAGAAAAAAGAGAGAGAUCCUGUUCAAAGUCUUAGUGUGGGUCUGUGUAUACAGUACUUCCUACAUGCUAAUCCAGUACCAGCCUCCACUAGAGGUGUGUGUACUAACUCGGCUAACCUUUAAAGUGCCGUGGCACUGUUGUGAAGAACCACUGGAUUUUUUCUGCUAGCUUCAUGUAUACACUUUAGAUCCACCAGGUGGUACUGUAUUGUAUAUAGUAUUUAUAUUAUUGUGAACAUCCAUUAUUUAGACGUGGUUUAUGUUCACUUGUAUAAAUAUUUUAUUUUUUUUCUUUUAAUAUGACAAGGGCUUCACUUUUAUUUUCUCAGUCUCACCUGCAACAAAACA